CAGACCGGAAGUGGACGCUGUGAAAUUAUGCGGCGCGGCACAGGCGGUCUGUCGACGGGCUCUUUUGAAAAGGAGCUGGCGAACGCGGCCGUGGCCGAGAUCUGCAGGCUGGUGGACGAGGGCUUCGCAGUGCUUCGCCUGGAGAUGACGCGCAGCCGCAGGGAGAGCGAAGCGCUGCGGAAGAAGCUGAAGGAGCUGCAGAUUUCGUGCGGAGCGGGGAGGGACGCGAGAGGCAGAGAUGGAGCCUGUCCAGCUGGAGAGGCCUGGCAAGGGCAGCAGAUGAAGCUCAGGUCCCAGGGAGCCAGUGAAGUGCCCACCUCAGAGGAGGAGGUGCAGCCUGCUGUUGUGCCUGCAGACCUGGAAAAAGAGAGGCCCAGCUUGCUCAUCAUCAAAGAAGAGGCCCCUGAUGAAGAUGUGAGCAAUGCUGAGCCACAGGGAGGGCGCCAGAGUGCCAUUGACUCGAGCCUUGGCUCCAGAGAUAGCUUUGCAGUGAAACAUCACAACACCCCUGCAGAAGCUGCAAAGGACCUCAGUUGCCCACAGAGGACCGACCAGGGUCUAUGGGAGCACAGUCAGUCUGAGACUUUCUCCCUAUCUACCUUGAGAACAGAGAGCGAGAGCCAGGAGCUGAAAGAGAGGGGACCUGAGUGGAGCAUAGGUGGAGUGAACCGCCAGGACUCUGACACGCAGCAUGAACUACCGAGUCUGGUCAGGAAUCUCCCAUCUCCAGGAAGUGCUCACAUCUCCAACUCCUCAUGCUCUUACAGCACAGAUGCGAUAGCUGACAGCUCGUCACUUUACUCAGACUGGCAACUGCUGCCUGUUCCAGAUCCAGCCGCAGGAGACGAGCAUAACGUGAAAACGGAAACCGUGUCCAUAGACUCUGUGCGUGUGAAAGAGGACGACCUGCACUGUAUGUUACAAAGCAACACCAUGUCAGCACAUACCCAAAGCAUGGCUUCUGGUGAAGGCAUCGAGACAGUUGUAAUCCAGACCGCACAUGUCUCCCUGGGAAGCUGCAGGGAACCUCAGAGUUUAUCUCGUAUGACGGGGAGAGAGAACACAGCACGGUUUUAUGUCCCUUGCGCGAGUGACGUUCUUAGCUUUGAUCUAAUUUCAUCAAAAAGUGUAAAGACCCAACAGAGGAUGAACUCAAGAGAAAAGCGCCUUUUUUGUAAGUACUGCGGGAUGGGCUUCAGCUUCCCCAAUGAGGUGCAGAUGCACCAGCGACGCCACAUGGCAGAGAAGCUGUUCAGCUGUGAACUUUGCGAUAAGCGCUUCAGUCAGGCGAGCUACCUGAAGGUGCACCAGAGGGUACACACGGGCGAGAAACCCUUCAGGUGCGAACAGUGUGGGAAGUCCUUCGGCCAGUCAGGCUACCUCAACGUGCACCAGAGGAUCCACACUGGGGAGAAACCGUUCAGCUGCACGCAGUGCGGCAAGAGUUUCACUCGCUCCAAUCAUCUGAAGAGACACCAGAGUGUUCAUGCUGGAGAGAAGUUGUUCACAGUCACAUCAUGAAGUGCGCUAAGUCUUACAAUACAGUGCAUUAUUAUUAUUUAUGUAGCUGGUGCUUUGCUCCAGAGGAGCCAACACUGACCUAUCUGUU